GUAGAGGUGGUGGACCUGGAGAGCGAGGCCAGCACAGCGGGCACUCCCAGAGGCCUUAAGAGAAAAGCCAGCUUUCAAACGCCUUCCCCAAAGAAGCGACUCUUUGAGGAAGGCAGCCAGGCCUUGCAAGUCAGACAGAUAGAACAGCUAAAGAAGACAAUAGAGAAAGACAGUCCAGCCUACUACCGGCUGGACUACUUGUGGGGAAAGACACCAGAGAAAGAGGCCCAGCCAGGCCUGAAGCCAGACACAGCAAGCCAAAGACAGCAAAAGCAGCAAGAGCAGAACAGGCAGUCUUUGGAAGCCAGAGCUAGCCAAGCCGUAGAAGAGCUUGGCCUCCAGCCAGUCAUCAAAGUAGUCAGACAGAAAAAGGCCGGAAGGCCGCCAGGCAGCCAGAACAAAGUCAAGCCAGUGCCGACUUUGCGGAAACGCAGAGCCGACGUGCCAGCCAAGGCCAAGCUUGGCAUGAUGGCCGAGCUAGACAGGCUAGCCAUCGAGAAAGCCAGUAAGCGGCAAGCCAGACUCCAGCUCAUGAAGCAGUACGGAGUCAGUGAGACUUUUUGCUGGAACCUGCAGAGAAGUGCCAAGAGACAGAAAGUCAGCAACUUCGUUGCGAAAGCUGCGACAGGCAGCACGGGUGCGAGACAGCAGCACAUCCUCACGGCCGGGGAUGUGCUCCUGGACUUCGAAGACAGGCUGGAGGCAGCCAUUGCCCUGAGGCAGGCAGAGGAGACGGCAGGCACGCUGGACAAGACAGGCCAGGUAGAGCUGGCCGCCAUGAGACAGAAGAGAGACACUUUGACAAAGAACAAGAGGCAGAGAGACAAGUACCAGGUCAAGCUCCUGGCAAAAUGCGGCCUGAGGAGCAGAGCCUGCCAGCAGACAGCCAACCUCUCGGCGGAGGAGGAGAAAGCCAGACUCGAGACAGCCUGGAAGAAAGGAAGCACCGCCAAAGCCAAAGCAGAAGCCAGACAGGCAGCCGGGCCGCAGGCAGUGAGACACUAUUUCAAUGCAGACAGACAGCCACUCGGGGCGGUAAUGCCCACGAUUCUCGUCGUCUACGGCAAGCACUGCCGCCUCGAGAACAUCAGUCAGGCAGGCACAUGGGUCAAGUCAGAAAAAUUCCAGAUAGGCAGCAAGCUUGUCAAGAGAAAGGCAGGCAAACCCGUGCCAGGCAGCCUCAUGAGGAGUUGGCGCAAACUCCGAGCCACACAGCCAGAACUGUUCGCCGACGGCAGCAUCAGAGUGUGGAGCCAGCCAGCGGCCGUGGUGGACAGUGUCAUCUACCGGUGGCAGCUGGAAAUGGAGGCAGAAGAGCACAGACAGGCAGUCCAGCUAGUAGACAUGUUCGCUGCAGCAUGGACAGAGGAUUCCAUGCAUGCGGCUGCCUUGCUGCAGCGAGCACAGACAGGCAUAGCCGCAGGCUGCACCGGGCUGACCCAGGUCACCGACACGGGGUUUGGCCAGCCAGCCAAGGCAGCUCUCGCUCGCUGGCAGGAAGAACUCAAGCAGAGGAUGAGGGAGAAAGCCAGACAGCAGAAAGUCCACUGCACCUACCGGACAGGGCCGCAGGACAUUCUGCAGGCAGCCAGACAGAUGCAUGCCAGAAUGGUAGAGAUCAACGAGACAGACAGCACCAUUCUGCGGUGCAUGCGGCAGGCAGGCUGGUUCCGCUUUAGGCCAGACAGUCACGGCCUGCUCCAGGACUGCGGCAGCCAGUCCUGGUGCCAGAGCUUUUCGGAAGGCAGCGACAAGCUAG